AUGACCGUCUACACUGCAUCGGCCACGGCACCUGUAAACAUUGCUACAUUAAAGUAUUGGGGAAAGAGAGAUAAGUCUUUGAAUUUACCAACUAAUUCAUCAAUUUCUGUCACCUUAUCACAAAAUGAUUUAAGAACAUUGACAUCUGUUGCAGCUUCAGAAGAUUUCAAGGAAGAUAAGUUAUGGUUAAAUGGGAAAUUAGAAUCUUUAGAAUCAGAAAGAACCAAAGCUUGUUUAGCCGACUUAAGAUCCUUGAGACAAGAAUUGGAAUCCAAAGAUUCAUCUAUACCCAAAUUAAGUCAGUUUGGCUUACACAUUGUUUCAGAGAACAACUUUCCCACCGCAGCAGGAUUAGCUUCCUCGGCAGCAGGUUUCGCCGCAUUGGUUGUUUCUAUUGCAAAAUUGUAUCAAUUACCACAAAAUAUGUCCGAGAUCUCUAAAAUUGCAAGAAAGGGAUCAGGUUCAGCAUGCCGUUCACUUUUUGGUGGGUAUGUCGCCUGGGAAAUGGGCCAAGAAACAAACGGAGAAGAUUCGAAGGCAGUAGAAGUUGCACCAUUGAGCCACUGGCCAAACAUGAAGGCUGCGAUUUUAGUCGUCAGUGAUGAUAAGAAGGAUACCCCUUCCACCUCAGGUAUGCAAACUACAGUUGCUACUUCUGACCUAUUCCAAUGGAGAAUCAAAGAAGUUGUUCCAAAAAGAUUUGAUGAAAUGAAAGAGUCUAUUUUACGUAAAGAUUUUGCUACUUUUGGUGAUUUAACAAUGAAAGAUUCCAAUUCAUUCCAUGCUGUAUGUUUGGAUUCAACUCCUCCAAUUUUUUACUUGAAUGAUACUUCUAAGAAGAUUAUUAAAUUAAUCCACGAAUUAAACAAGAGAGAAGGUAAGAUUAUCGCUGCUUACACAUUUGAUGCUGGCCCAAAUGCUGUCAUCUAUUAUGAACAAGAAAAUGAGCUGAAGGUAUUAGGACUUAUUUACAAAUACUUCAAUAAAGUUAAUGGUUGGGAAAAGCUUGAUACUAAAACCUUAGAUACCUCUUCGGAUAUUCAAGCAGAUCCUGAAUUAUAUAAGGGUGUUUCUAAAAUUAUUUUAACUGAAGUGGGCCAAGGCCCUCAAGAUUCUACAGAAAGCUUGAUUAAUGAUAAAGGGUUACCAAAAGCUGUAGCUAAUUAG